AUGGCCGAAACCUUUCAGCAUCGAUACAAUAGCCAAACACAAGAAGGACUUCCACAGCGAACCGAUGCUCCUGAUAUAACAGAACAGACAGAACAAGUGACAAGUGAAUCUGAUUUGCUAAAGGCAGACGAUGCAGCAACCGAUGUGGAUCCACCAACAUCCUUACCGACAGUGCCUGCCGGAAACAUCCAACUAACCAGUUUGAGCGACAAUAUAACCAUAGAGCAAAAUGUAACAACCGAGCUGAAGCCACAUCCAGAACUGUCACCAGCUCAGUUAUAUGAUGAACAAACUAACGCAACCAACGCAUCUGGCGAAAUUGAGCAGACACUGACGGUGACAAGCACCACACUCCCCAAGGUCAUUCUGGCUACCCCAGUGAGACAGGAUGUAUCGUCCGAUGGUUCCGCUGAAAAUAGUUUUUCCAACGAGAGCACGUUAACACCUACAGAACGUUCGGCGUACACCUCAUCGGAAACAACGACAGUUGGCUAUGACAACAGUACAUCAAAUUCAGUCACCAACUCAUACGCAGCUGAAACUGAGACAGAGGCGCAGUCAACGAAUCAGUCAUUCCCUGCUUUCGAUAUUCUCAAUGGUACAACAACAGAAGCCUAUACGUCUCCUAUAAAUACCACAUUACCACACACUACCAUCUUAAGUGAUAUUUUCAACCCAAGUUCAUCUGACUUUCCGCAAUCAACAGGAUCGGAGAAGAAUGUUACGGUAGAGAACAACAAACCAGCCCCUCCAGAUUUUCUGGAAACGUCUACUUUGGAACCAAUUACCACAGCCAACGGCACUGAAAUAGCGACGGAGGGUAUGUUUGUCACUUUGACUACUUCAAACGACGUCACCGACACGGAUCUCAACGUCACAUAUUCUGAUACAGUGAAAAGCCUCACUUCAGAGAUGGCCACAGAAGUCACAAACUUCAACUCUUCUACACUUCCACAUUCGAACGAGUCAUGGACAACUGACUCCAUGACAUCCGAUUCCACACUCGGGAAAGUGGACACCAUAAACACCACUCAAUUUGCGACAGAGGACGCGUUUGUUACACAACCUACAGUGGGAAGUGAUGCUAUCAACUCGACUACACAACCUUUGACAACUUCUACGUCGACGGAAAACCGCAUCAGUUCAGAGAACGCAACUAUGCUAACUGGUAUAUCAAGUGACGGCGGUAUGUCGGAUGCUACUACAAUUUCACCACUUACAACAAGGGCGUUCAACGCAACCGCAGUUUUAGACGAAAGAACCGAAUCAGCAGCGGCAGCAAUCCAUUCGUCAACAAUCUCGGUUCCCCUCACGGAAGCACACUCUACCAGUUCAAUGGUUUCAACGCCAGACGAAGUCACUACAUCACUUGUGAACGGUGCAACAACCACACCAGCAACCUUGAGCACAGCGAAGCUAACUACUGAAAAUUUGACCAAUUCCCAGUCAGAGCACUCAACCACGGUAUCGACAGAUAGUGCCACAGGGUCACUGAGUACCAUCGAAUUUACUGCAUAUACUGAACAGAGUUCAACAGUACCAGUGGCGAACUCGAGCGCUGGAACAUAUGAACCCACAGCCACCGUGAAACCUUCCAUGUUAGUCUCGCCCGGAAUGUCUGAGAUCAUGACAACACAGUUAUAUGAAGGUACAGCCAAAUCACCUACAAGCGGUAGUGUGGAUGCUUCACCUGCGGAAACACAUACCCUCACAACUCUACUGGUAUCUCCCGUGCCAACCGCAACUUCAAUCCCUGAGGACGUUACGACAAAGAUGGAGGAAAGUACAAUCCAGUCAUUCUUUACUAACAGUACAACAGCUAGCGAUCUCGAUAUUCUGAGUACCGAUCAGAGAAGUUCGACUGCUGAUCCAAGUGCAACAUCAGUGUCGAUUACUAACGCUUCUCCGACGGCAGCAGAUACGCUAGGAACUACCGUGGAACCUUCUGAACUAACUUCUUCUGGAAUGCUUGCAUCGUCAUCCGGAGAUCAGUACACAUUGCAAACAUCCAUAGGCAGUGGUUUCACAACUGAUAACCUCGAGACGAUGGGUACCUCUCAAGGCAUUCCAGAUUCUGAGCCGAGUUCGACUACAAACGUGGCGGAUGCAAUUACUAAUCACGUGGGACUGGACAAAUCAACAGCCACCAUAAAACCCUCUGAUGCAGUUGCUGUGGAAGCUUCUACGCAUGUGAUGACCGAAGUACCUCAGAGUACACUUCAAACACCUGUCUCAAUGGGAACAAGUGGUGAUACAUCAGGAACUGAUAAAACCCCAAUAUCGGGUAUCACGACAGAAAAGGUCACCGAAUUUCCCAUGCAAACUACAACUGAUUUGGAAUUAACUACAGUUAUAAAAACCACAGAAACAGCUCUUCCAUCAACAGCUGUUGAGUUUUCGGAAAGUUCAGGAACAACAAUGUCAAUUCAUACAUCUUCUCCUAAGCUAAGUACCAUCUUUCAGACCACAGAUUCCUCGCCUGAAGCAGCCACUAAUGUAGCCGCUGAGUUUAGCUCUACGCCGUUGGAUUCCUUUGUGGAGAAUGGAAGCUCUAAACCCACUACAUCGUUCGACGCAUCUGUAACCAUCGCUACGUCUGACUCGAUUUCGACUGAGAGUGAAAACUCAGUGACGAGUGUCCCCGCCUCAUGUACAACAUCAGAAACCUUGUCUGCUUCAGCUUUGCUAAGCACAGAAGUCAAUAAUUCAACCACAACCAUUAUGUACACAACUAGCACCAGGCGAGAUGAUGAUGACGAUGACGACGAUGACAGGAGUGACGAUGAUAAGAAAAAGAAAGAAAAGGAAAAUAAAAAGAAGGACGACACAGACGAUGAAACAGAUGACGAAGACAACGAUAAAGAGAGCAAACCGAAGAGCAAAAGUGACGAGGAAAGUGAAGAAGAUGAUAAAUUGAAAUCUGAUCAACACGACGGUGGUGACGAUAAAGAUGCUGAGAAGAAAAAGAAAAGGAGAAGGUGCCAAAAGCAAAAUACCCGUGGAAAACGUACGUGUGACCGGGAGGAAAAAGAGGAUAAGAAACCCAAAGACGAUGACGACACCGACGAUGAACAAAACGAAUCGGAACGACGAGAACACGGGAAAUGCUCGAAUAAAUCAGAUACCGAUUCGGAUGACUAA